GCAGGUGUUUGCUGCGUAGGUGCAAAUCCAUAACUGCACCGCAGCUACUCAGCUUGAAAAGAGUGAGAAUAUUGCCCUGGAAUCAAGAGGGCCACUCAGCCAGUGGUUGCUUUUCCUGCUGGAUUCAUCAUGAUAACUCCAGCUUUUGAGCUGAGUCAGGAUCAGGAUUUUCUCACAAUAAUAAUCAAAGUUCCAUAUGCCAGAGCUUCAGAGUUUGAUGUCUAUUUUGAAGGGGAAGACUUUAAAUUUUAUGCUAAGCCAUACUUUCUCAGAUUGACACUUCCUGGAAGAAUUGUAGAAGAUGGCAGAGAAAAGGCAUCUUAUGAUACAGAGAAAGGAACUUUUACAAUUCAGUUACCUAAGGAGACUCCUGGCCAGUAUUUUGAGGGACUGGACAUGCUGACAUCUCUUUUGGCACCAAAGAAAUCAAGAUCAGCAAAGCCUUUGGUAGAAGAGAUAGCUGCCUCUGCUGAGUUGUCUGAGGAGGAGGAGGAAGAAGAAUUUGACUGGGAAAUAGAGCAGACCCCUUACAAUGAAAGUCCAGAAAGCAUUCUUCAACCACAGCACCGUUAUGGAUUUGGGAACUUGCGGUCAGGAGUGUUCCAGCGACUGCAGGAUGAACUCAGUGAUGUUAUUGACAUCAAAGAUCCAGACCAAACUCCUGCAGAUGAACGUAGGAGGCAACGGCUGGCAGCUGAGGCUGCCAAGUUUGACCCUGAUCAUUACCUAGCUGAUUAUUUUGAAGAUGAAGCUAUUCAACAUGUUUUAAAGUAUAAACCGUGGUGGAUUGAUGCUCAUAAAAAAAUGAUAGCCUUGCAGAGAGAAAGCCAUCAGGAGCAUGAUACUCAAACACUUGUUGUCUUCUCUGAGGAAGAGAGAGAGCAGAUGAGAAGGUUCACAAAUAAAUCUUAUCUCCUGGAUAAAAGAAGCCGUCGUCGUGUGUACCUUGGUUUAAUUGAUAUCCUGCUGGCAUAUUGCUAUGAAAUCUGUGUCAAUGAAGGAGACAAGAAUGUUGAAUCAUCUUGGAACAUCAGGAAACUGAGUGCAACGUUGAGCUGGCUGGAGAGUUUCACUAGCAUUCAUGAUGUCCUGGUAUCUUUUGGGAGAAGAGUGCUAUGCUAUCCUCUGCACAGGCAUUUUGGAUUAGUGACACGUGCCUUCAAUGAUGCAGUCAUGAUACUGCAACUAGGAAAAGCUGCAGUUUUGAAGUGCCUGCUGGACAUCCACAAGAUUUUUAGGGAGAAUGACCCUGCCUACAUCCUUAAUGAUCUCUUCAUUACAGACUACUGCAUCUGGAUUCAAAAAAACAAGUCAAAAAAGUUGGCUGCACUCUCUGACUCCUUGCAGAAAGCCACACUUGCUAAGUCCCACCUAGGAUUUGAACUAGAAGAGCUGGAAGCAGCAGCAGUGCUGGUACAAGAGGAGGAGAACAUGUUAAAAGCUGCUGGCACAGUUUCUGAGCAACAGCUGCCUCCCUCUGACUCGGAGACAAGUGACUCUGAAGAAUCAAGCACUACUUCAUCAUCUGAGACAGAAGGCUGUGAUUCAGAUGAGCAAGAGUCCUCAACCAGUGAAGAUGGGAAAAUAAAUUCUUUACAAGACACGCUUCAAGAGGAGAGGACAGCUCCACUUACUGACUGUAAUGGAUUAAGGCAGGGCACAAACACUUCGGCGACUGAGGUUAGUGAUGAAGAAUCAAGGGUUUCUUUGCAAUCUACAUCUGUGCCUGGGAAAUUGAUAGAAGAAUUAGAAAAGCAAAUGCAGACUGCAAUUAGACUUUCAGAACAGCCUGAAGAAGGACUGGCUACUGCAAGCUGCAUUUUAAAGGAACAAGGAGAAAACCGUGUGGCUGAACCUGACAGAUGCUCAAAAGACACUACUGAGAAGGGAAAUUUCUUGGAGGUAUCUUCAAAGACAAACCCAUUGCUUUUUCUCUGCAGCAGAGACGAAGACAAAGGCUAAAGGACCACCUUAGGACACGACAUGACCCACUAGCAACACCACUGACUGCCAUAAUAAGCUGUUCCCGAGGCUGCCCUGAGCUGCAGAAAGGAGUUGAUAUUUUUCUUCUUUGUUGUGCUGACAGUUUGGAGGACAAGACUGCUUUGAAAAGAACUGAUGUGACUGUGUGGUAGAUGGCCACAGAGUGAGACUUUUAUUUUCUCCUCUCUGAUUCAACAUCCUCAGAUUUGCUCUCUACAUGCAGGAAUGUGUUAUUCCAGUAAACUUCCAGAAACUGUUUUCAUUCAGCUUAUUUGGUCAUAGAAUGAGGUCCUGAUCAAAUUCAACUGAAAUGAGUAGCAGCAUCGUUUCAGUUAUCUUUAGCUGUUGGGAUUUGCUUGAAAAAUAGCCUCAUUAUGUUUGUGUAAACCUGUUAAUGCUGAUUUGAUGUUUGGGUGGUUUUUUUUCAUUUUAAGAUGAUUUCUAGAGAAUCAUUUGAAAUAGAAUGGUUAUGGCUCUAAAAGUCUAAAGAGUGAUGAAAGAUUAUGUUAAAUACAUAAAUAUUAUCUGUUUUUUUGUAUAAAAUAAAGGAAAUUUCCUUGA